AUGAGAUCUCCCCUGGUGCCCUACUCUCCCCUGGUGCCCUGCUCUCCCCUGGUGCCCUGCUCUCCCCUGGUGCCCUGCUCUCCCCCUGGUGCCCUGCUCUCCCCUGGUGCCCUGCUCUCCCCUGGUGCACUGCUCUCCCCUGGUGCCCUGCUCUCCCCUGGUGCCCUGCUCUCCCCCUGGUGCCCUGCUCUCCCCUGGUGCCCUGCUCUCCCCUGGUGCACUACUCUCCCCUGGUGCCCUGCUCUCCCCUGGUGCCCUGCUCUCCCCCUGGUGCCCUGCUCUCCCCUGGUGCCCUGCUCUCCCCUGGUGCACUGCUCUCCCCUGGUGCCCUGCUCUCCCCUGGUGCCCUGCUCUCCCCUGGUGCACUGCUCUCCCCUGUUGACCUGUUUGAUCCGUCCACAGCACGUAUAUGCACAAAGCCAAGAAGUGCCCUCAACAUGUGGAAUCCGACAAGUUAGAAUUUAG